AGUCGCUCGAUCUCUUCAACAGUUCGCUUGUUAAGUGUUGUUAUAGUAAUAAAACGUAACUGAAUGACUCUUUCUUAUCAAGUGAUGUAUCGACUGAAUGCAUGGACGUAGAAUAUAUUGUGGAUUUAUCCGGAAGAAAACAGUUUUAGAAGGUGAGUAAACGGAAGUGCAACAUGUCUGCAAAGAAAAAGACGCACAUCACGCCAGUGUUCAACCACCCGAAGUCGAUGGCUCUGGUGGACACAGCAGAGGAAUUGGUUGACAGUCUGGAUAACCUGUCCGUCUGUCUGCGCCACAUUGAGGAGAAAUAUCCACCGGCUAAACCAACACAUCCAGCAUCAAAACGCGACACAGCUCCAGAUCAGACGGGAAGUCUCUAUAAGAAGUUGAUGGAAAAUCUUGAAGUGGCUCGCGACCUGACCGACAUCUUAAAGCGCGAGAAAUGGCGCCUCAGCAGACGGGAAAUGAGCGUGGAACUCCGAAUGGGGGAAUUAGAAGAUUACAAAUCACACCUCAAGAGAGAUAUGACAGACAUGAACCAGACGGUUGAGGCCAUGAGCAUGCGUAUUGUGCAGCUGGAGAACACCCUUUGUGAGGCACAGGAACUGCAGGAAGAGACUGAAGCCGCCAAAAAGGGGACAGAGUGCCGCCUAGACAUCGCUACAAAGACUAUUGAGGAGAUGCAAAAAAAGAAGACUGACCUCACCAAAGAAAUCACCAUGCUCAAGUCCCAAAGAAAUGACAGAUCCAUGCGACAUCAAUUUCAGGAGAUGAGCGACAAAGUGGAGAUACUUGUCCUGGAAAACCACCAACUUAAGGACAUCAUCCGUGAGAAAGACGAUACCAUAGAUGUGAUUGAGAAACGGUUGAGAGACAUAGAAAAUCAAAAGAAAGAGAAAAAGGAACAUAUUUGCGACACGAAGGAACAGUUGAGAAAACUGAAUAUUUGCAACGAGGAAAGUAUCUAAGACGAGGGAGAAAUCAGUAAAAUAUUUAGACAGAACGGAGGAUACUGUGAACGAAUUAUUGACAGAUCGGCUGUUAACACAGUCCUUGACGGCGCAAGGGAGACAUCAGAAGCGGCAACUGCGUAGUUUACUUUCAUGGUGUGUGGGAAUUCAUUUAUUAAAAGGUCCGCGUAUUUGUGGUAUACCCCGUGUAAUCUUGUAAUUUAUGAGUAAAUGAAGUACUUUUCCAAUACAAAAACUUACGAAACGGAAUGAUCCCGCUCACCUUUAAACCUAAUUGUGCUUUUACAAUUAAUGUUGACGUUACAAGUCAAGGUGAAAACACCUUUUCUAUCUUUGUUCGAUGUGUCACACGAGGUUGAAUUUAAGAUAAACACAAUAUGUUUUCGUUCGGUCAAGAUCUCCAGGAAGACAGUCGUUUAUCCAUAUACAGAUUUUAGCUCCUGUUUUACUGGCCGUUCGAAGCUGAUGACCUCAAUACUUACUGAUAUGUAAUAGAUACAGUACAUGUUUUUCGUUUGUUUUAAGUCAGUAAGAGGACACUUUUGAAGAAAAAAAACGAGUAAGUGUAUCUGACUUAUACGACGAUAAGUGUAUUGCAUAUGUUAGUGAGCAAAUAAAUGCAUUAAUGAAUAAAUAAUUAUAAUACAUAUUUAUAAAUAGAUAAAUAAAAAUAUUUAUCCGAAAGAUAAACAUUAGAUUAUUAUCACGGCCUUUCUAAAUGAAAUUUAUCGGCUAGUGGGAUUACUCGAAAUUCUCGUGGACUGUCCGCUUACAACCGUAAGGAGACACUAUUUCAAUAGCUCUGCUUGGGAUAAAGUCGUAUAAAUGCAUAAGGGUGGAUGUAUGGAAUGCCUGGGUACUUCUCACUGUCUGUUAGACCUUAGUUUUGGGACUAAAACACGGUUUACUGUUUCUUUUAAAUGGCUACUGGGCUCACCGUAGUUUUUGUUGUAUAAUGAAUCAAAUGUUGUUUUUGCAUAUCAAACACGGUACCGUUAGCUUUAACAUGUUAUAAACGGAAUUGUUUGUUAAAUGUAAAUUGUUUUUUCGUUGCUGUAUAAAUGAAAUGACUAAUUUGUUUUCUUGUUUUGGUUAAUUGCAUUUUUGUGGUGUAAUUGAUCAUGUCGUUAUCAUCAAAGCAGAUCCCGAUGCGAUAACAUUUUUAACGGCGUAAUAUGAAUUUUAAAAGGUGAAAGCUUUCUCAUAUAAAUAUUUUAAUAUGUAUAUACACCAACUUUGUUACUGAUAAUGGGCAGUUGUAAACCGUUAUAUUGAUAAUAAAACCUGUUGAUGUAUAUUAUGAUGACAGCUAUGCAGAAAAAGCGGCCGAGGAGAGUCAUAAUGAAAAUCAUAAACACCAUUGCA